AUGGCGCCUCCACCGCACCGCCACCUGCUGCUGCUGCUGCUCCUCCCCCUCGUCCUCCUCGCAGGCGCACCCGCCGGAGCCGAUGACCUUGUCUCGGAGCUCCAGUCCCUCCGCGCGCGGUCCCCGUCCGGCGUGAUCCACCUCACCGAUAGCGCUGUCACCCGUUUCCUCUCCGCCCCCUCCGCGCGCCGCCCCUACUCCGUGCUCGUCUUCUUCGACGCCGCUUCGCUCCACUCAAAGCCCGACCUCCACCUGCCCCAGCUCCGCACCGAGUUCGCGCUGCUCUCCGCCUCCUUCCUCGCCCACAACCCCAAUUCCGGCGACCUCUUCUUCGCCGACAUCGAGUUCGCCGAGUCGCAGCACUCCUUCCACCAGUUCGGCGUCAACUCGCUGCCCCAUGUCCGCCUCAUCCGCCCCGAGCACGCCAUCCUGUCGGGAUCCGAGCAGAUGGACCAGUCCCACUUCGCGCGCCUCGCCGACUCCAUGGCUGAGUUUAUCGAGUCCCGCACGGGCCUCGAGGUUGGGCCCAUCGUACGCCCGCCGCUCCUCUCCCACAACCAUAUCAUCCUGCUUGGCAUCCUCUUCCUCAUCUCCAUCCCCUUCAUGAUCAAGAGGAUCAUCGAUGGGGAGACCCUGCUGCAUGACCGCCGUGUCUGGAUGGCUGGGGCGCUCUUCGUCUACUUCUUCAGUGUCUCUGGGGGCAUGUACGGGAUUAUCAGGCACACGCCCAUGUUCCUCACCGACCGCGCGGAUCCCAACAAGCUCGUGUUCUUCUACCAGGGGUCAGGGAUGCAGCUGGGGGCUGAGGGGUUUGCUGUCGGGUUCUUGUACACACUAGUCGGUCUCAUGAUCGCUGGGGUGACACACUUGUUGGUGAAGGUGGAGAGCCUGCAGACGCAGCGCUUUGCGAUGCUCGCUGUCAUGGCGAUCGGGUGGUGGGCUGUUAGGAAGGUGAUCUACUUGGAUAACUGGAAGACUGGCUAUAGCAUUCAUACUUUCUUCCCAAGCAGCUGGAGGUGA